AUGAUUUCAGCCUUUUAUGUUUUACAUAUCCCCUUCAACUAUGGGAGCCCGUCGGAGUUAGCUUCUUAUAAGUGUUUGAUCAGUAGGAGGUUCACUGAAGUUGUCCCAGACGACACAAGCAUACUAUCCCAAUUUUAUCAACAUCUUAGUCGAACGCCUAUACAUGAACAAGUGCCAGUAUUGUGUAUCCAAAAUCUAUCAUAUGUUUACAUUAAAUGUGAAACCAAUAUUGUGCUUUUAGCUGUUAUGCAUCAAAAUGUCAAUGUGAUGCUGGUUAUUGCAUUCCUAAGAAGCUUUCAAGUAAUAAUGAUUCACUUUUUAUGCAAGGGCAAGGUAAAGACGAUGGACUUUGAAUUAAUUUUGGAUAAUUCAGUGCUCAUUACUGAGCUAGUUGAUGAGUGCUUGGAUUUUGGUGUACUACAGAUAACAGACUAUAAGCUACUUGAGGAGUACAUCAAAGUGGAGCCAAACUUUCCCAAAUUACUUGAUGAUGAAGACGACUCCAACAACAGUGGUGAGGAAGAGUCUGAUCAUGACACGAAGGUAAAGGACAAAAAGAAAAAUAGCAAAAGUAAGCCGAACACUGAUAUCAAGUCAACCCAUAAUCAAUCAAUCAAGACCGACGUUUUGGAAAACAAUGCAAACAUCAUCAACAGUUCAAUUUUGCGUACAUAUUCACUGGCUAUCAAUUGGCGACCGAAAGGUAUUUUUUAUGCAAAGAAUGAAAUAUUUGUUGACAUUAUUGAAAAUGUUGAAUUCAUAUAUGAUUUGAAAACGAAUACGGUAAAACGAAAUGAAAUAUAUGGAAGCUGUAUGGUUAAAUCUUAUCUAUCGGGUAUACCGGUGUGUCGAAUGGGAUUUAAUGAAAACUACAUAUCUUCGAUAGAAAACAAUGAUGUAUCGAAGAAUACCGAUACUGAACCUUUACCGGAGAACCAAAUGAGAAUCGAGAACAUUGAGGAGGGCGAGAGUCUACUAGAAGGGGGGGAGGAAGAUCAUGAGGAAAAGGAAUCAAAGACGCUGGUAGCACCAUCUUUAGAUGACCUUGGAGGAGAUGCUCAUCUGAACCACGAAGAGGAGUCUGAGAAGUCGCUCGAAAACAAAGUCCCCAAGACCACUGCCAAGUCAUUUAAGCAUCGAAUACCCAUAAGAAACAUCCAAUUCCAUCAAUGUAUUGAACUAUCAAAAAUAUACCGCGACAACAUUGUCACAUUCAUUCCGCCAGAUGACAAGUUUGAGUUGAUGUCGUAUCAGGUUGAGCAACACAAGAACAAAAAGAAACUUCCAUUAAUAUCCAUCAAGCCUGUAUUCAAAGUUAUUCAAAAAACAAAGCGGUUGUUAGUUAUGUGCACAUUGAAUACUACUUUCCCUAGAAGACGACAUUGUAAGAGUUUGCUUGUGAGGAUACCGUUGAAUCCAUACUAUUUUGAGUUGGGUAUAACCGACCCCAAUUUGAUGUACAAGACUGAGAGUGGAGAGGUGUCAUUCAAGUAUGAUACAAUGGAGAUUAUUUGGAGAAUUGACAGCAUUGAUGGUAAACAGACAGUAAGAAUGAUGUGUGAGUUGCCCUUAAUAAAUUGUGAACAAGUGUCCUUGGAAAAGAUAUCUCACCAUUUGUUGCGUAAAAUGGAUAAAGUUGAUUUGAAUGGCACCACGGCUCAAGGUGAUGACGAAGCUGCAGAUGUGCGACACGACUUGGAGGCAUUUUACGGAGUCAAUGGCAAAGCCAUAACGUCUACCCAGAAGGAACUAUUACAAGAAGUGAAGCGCAAUUUCCAAAACGAUGACAUUGUUUUAUCGUUUAAAAUUCCCAUGUUUACUUACUCAGGGUUGAAAUUGUCGUACAUUUCCGUCGAUGAGGAACAAUUAAAAUACCCGUGUUUUCCAUGGAUACGUUAUCUAACUCAAAGUCUGGACCUUGAUGGACAACAUAGCCCAUCAAUCAUGGGGCAAAAUUGCACUUAUCGGUUCAAGUUGUCGAUGGACUGCUUUGUUGUAGCAUAA